AUGGUCAAGGCCCACGUAUCCUUCAACAUAACAACCGAUGUUAUAGAGGGGAAAGGAAAGGGCCUCAUUAUUCUUCUACACGGUGGUCCGGGGACCGGAAAAACUUUGACCGCAGAGAGUGUAGCAGAGCUAUCAGAGAAGCCUCUUUACCGAGUUACUUGCGGUGACAUUGGCACUGAUCCAGAGAGCGUCGAGAAGUAUCUUGAGUCGGUGCUCUACAUCGGCACCAUUUGGAAAGCUGAUGAAAGCGAUGUCUUCCUGGAAGAACGAGAGAAGACCGAUCUACAGAGAAAUGCACUGGUGUCCGUUUUUCUUCGUGUUUUGGAGUACUACGAGGGCAUUCUGAUCCUGACAUCGAAUCGAGGUGCGUAG